UCUAUAAUUCUCUGCCACAACUCACUUUGCCUCCGCAUCUCCACUGUCGCUUUUCUCUCCUCUAUCAAUAAUGGCGGCCGCCGCUGCAAAUACCGCCUUCUCCAACUCUUCUGCUCUCCCUUCUUCCGCCAAAUCUCCAUUACCCAUUUCCAGAUUUGUCUUCCGCCCAAUCCCCUUUUCCCUUAGUCCCAAAAAGCAAACCACGCACCGCUCCCUCCAAAUCUCCAGCUCCUUCUCUCAUUCCACCCCAAAGCCCGCCGCCACAUCCACAACAGCACCAACGACAAUAGAGGAAACCCAAACUGGGAACUUCAUUUCCAGAUUUCGCCCUGAUGAGCCCCGAAAAGGCGCCGAUAUUCUUGUCGAGGCCCUUGAGCGCCAGGGAGUCACCGACGUAUUUGCCUAUCCAGGCGGCGCUUCAAUGGAGAUCCACCAGGCGCUUACCCGCUCCUCCAUCAUCCGCAAUGUUCUCCCGCGCCACGAGCAGGGAGGGGUAUUCGCAGCUGAGGGCUAUGCGCGCUCCUCUGGCAUUCCUGGCGUCUGCAUCGCUACAUCUGGCCCUGGCGCCACAAAUUUGGUCAGUGGUCUCGCUGACGCCAUGCUUGACAGCGUUCCUAUUGUCGCCAUUACCGGACAAGUGCCUCGCAGGAUGAUUGGUACCGAUGCAUUUCAGGAGACCCCUAUUGUUGAGGUAACUAGGUCGAUCACCAAACAUAAUUAUCUUGUUCUUGAUGUAGAUGACAUUCCUAGGAUUGUUAGUGAGGCCUUCUUUUUGGCGACCUCCGGAAGACCUGGGCCUGUUUUGAUUGAUGUGCCUAAGGAUAUACAACAACAGCUAGCUGUUCCUAAUUGGAACCAGGGCAUUAAAUUGCCUGGUUAUAUGUCUAGGUUGCCCAAGUCACCCGAUGAGACUCAUUUGGAGCAAAUUGUUAGGUUGAUAUCUGAAUCAAAGAAACCGGUGUUGUAUGUUGGUGGUGGGUGUUUGAACUCCAGUGAGGAGUUGAGGAGGUUUGUUGAGCUUACUGGAAUACCAGUUGCAAGUACUUUAAUGGGUCUUGGAUCAUUCCCAUGCUCAGAUGACUUGUCACUGCACAUGCUUGGAAUGCAUGGUACUGUUUAUGCUAAUUAUGCAGUGGAUAAAAGUGAUCUGUUGCUUGCUUUUGGGGUGAGGUUUGAUGACCGAGUGACAGGAAAGCUUGAAGCUUUUGCUAGCCGAGCUAAGAUUGUCCAUAUUGAUAUUGAUUCGGCUGAAAUUGGGAAGAACAAGCAGCCCCAUGUUUCGGUUUGUGCUGAUGUGAAGUUGGCACUGCAGGGGAUGAAUAAGAUAUUGGAGAGUAAAGGAGCUAAGCUUAAGCUUGAGUUUUCUGCAUGGAGCAAGGAGCUUGACGAGCAGAGGAAGAAAUACCCAUUGAGCUACAAGACUUUUGGAGAUGCUAUUCCUCCUCAGUAUGCAAUUCAGCUUCUUGAUGAACUAACCAAUGGAAAUGCCAUCAUCAGCACUGGUGUUGGGCAACAUCAGAUGUGGGCUGCUCAAUUUUACAAGUAUAAGAGACCUCGCCAAUGGCUGACAUCAGGAGGUCUGGGAGCUAUGGGUUUUGGGUUGCCCGCUGCAAUUGGAGCUGCUGUUGCAAAUCCAGAUGCAGUUGUUGUAGACAUUGAUGGCGAUGGAAGUUUUAUAAUGAAUGUCCAGGAGUUGGCGACUAUCAGAGUGGAGAACCUUCCUGUCAAGAUAAUACUGUUGAAUAAUCAGCAUCUGGGUAUGGUUGUUCAAUGGGAGGAUAGGUUUUAUAAGGCAAAUAGAGCCCAUACAUAUCUGGGGAACCCAUCAAAGGAGUCUGAAAUUUUUCCAGAUAUGUUGAAAUUUGCAGAAGCAUGUGAAAUUCCUGCUGCCCGUGUGACAAGGAAGGAGGAACUGCGAGCAGCAAUUCAGAAAAUGUUAGAUACCCCUGGACCAUAUUUAUUGGAUGUAAUUGUUCCACAUCAAGAGCAUGUUCUACCUAUGAUCCCCAGUGGCGGUGCGUUCAAAGAUGUGAUCACCGAGGGCGAUGGCAGAACACAAUAUUGAUUUUUCGGAGCAUAAAAUGUCUGUAGACAAUGAACUUUAAACAUAAGUUAGCAUUUCGCUUUGACUACGUCUAUCUAUAUUAUUAGUUCUCUUUGGUCGUAUGAAGCAGCUAGCUGUUGUUCUCUCCCUGCUCUCUUUGAAUAUGUAAUAUCAUUUAGGAGUUGAUACUUGUGCAAGCAAUGGAUUUGUCUUUUGAUUUUGUUUAUCAGCUUUCAGGCCUUGUAAUACUUCCUCAAUAUUAGUAUAUGAAUGGUUUGCAUUUAAGAUGCUUGCUAUCUUUAUGACCGGGA